ACGAGUCGGAAAUGACGUAGGGUGUCGCCGUCGAGAGGGCUCGGGUGGGACGAUGCUUCGUAAUAUCCGUGUGGUUGUAUAUUUUCGGGAAAUGUAGCGCGAUUAUUUCAUAAGGCAAUGGCAGCCGGUGCGGUGUUACGUCCUUUUCUGUCCGGCUGCGCUCAUAAACUGACGGGUCUGCGGCUCAGCGCGCUCCCGAUCUGCGUCAGGACCGUGCACGUGUGUUCGGUUCUGCGCGCGGGACACAACAAAUGGUCCAAAGUGAAAGAUAUUAAGAUCCCGAAAGAUGCAGCUCGAGCCCGGAUGAUCGCCAAAUACGCCAUGUUGAUCCGGGUGGCAGUAAGAGAAGGAGGACCAAACCCAGAGUAUAACAUCGCUUUGGCUCAGCUUAUAGAGCAGUGCAGGAAUAAAAAUCUCCCCAAAGCCACCAUUGAUGCUGCUAUUAAAGGAGCGGAAAAGUCCAAGGCUGGUUCUCAGUACCUAUACGAGGCACGAGGUCCAGGAGGUUCCAUGCUGCUCAUCGAGGUUCUGACAGACAACAACACGCGUUCUCACCAGGCCAUCAAACACAUCCUAAUAAAAAACGGGGGGGCGAUGUGCGAAAGCGCCCGGCAUCAUUUUGACAGAAAAGGCGUCAUUGUGGCGACCCGAGACCAAGUUUCUACUGAGAAAGCUCUGGACCUGGCCAUAGAGUCAGGGGCUGAAGAUGUCCACGAAGCCGAGGAUGAGGAGGAGAAGCCAAUUUUACAGUUCAUCUGUGAUAUGAACUCGACAAAAGCGGUACGAACAGCACUGGAAACUCUCGGGGUUCACACUCUGUCAGUGGGGAUGGAGUACAUCUCCAACACUCCUGCUCCUCUAACACAGGACCAGCUAGACUCCAGCGCCAACCUGAUCGAGGCUCUCAGUGAAUACCCAGAAGUGGUUAGAGUAUGGGACAACAUUCAAGCAUUGGAGUAAAGCAGGAAGGAACUAGGGCACUGAAUGUUUCAUGUGAUUGACUAAACAUUGAUGAGCAAAGGAAAAGACUACAUAUUAGUGAUCUUAUAAAAAAUGUAUAGGAAUUUGUGCAAAUU